AUGAAGUCCUCAUUGUUCCUGUUGGCCGCCAGCGCCAUGCUGGCUUCCGCCAGUCCCUUGAAAAAGCGUUGGAUUCAAACCGAUUGGGUUACCGAGUUGGUCACCGUCACCGUCACGGAGGAUCUCCCAAAGCCCACGGCAGCAGUUUUCGUCGAGACCAAGAAGGUCACAUCUGCUCCCCCUCCUCCUCCCGCCCCAACGACGACCAAGGCCAAGCCCACAACUCCUCCUCCUCCUCCGCCUGCGCCUAAGCCUACACCUGUUGUCGUGAAGCCUCAGCCCAAGCCUAAGCCCACGACUCCUGCGGCUCCUCCCGCUCCUCCCAAGAACACUCCUCCAGCUAAUCCCGACUCGGGCAGCUACGAGGAUGUGAUGCUCAAGCACCACAAUGCCCACCGGGCUAACCACUCCGCCAGCGCUCUUGAGUGGGACUCUACUCUCGCCCAGUACGCCGCCAACACUGCCAACACGUGUGUGUUUGAGCAUGACAUGAACCAAGGUACCGGUGGUUAUGGCCAGAACCUCGCCAGUUCCGGAUCCAGUGGCGAUAUUGAUAGCCUGAAGCUUCAGACUGCCGCCGACGGUGUCACCAAGCAGUGGUACUACGGUGAGGUGGGCAACUAUGCCAACUUCUAUGGCAUGGAGAACCCUCCUUCAAACGUUCCUCUCGGCGAUUAUGGCCACUUUACCCAGCUCGUCUGGAAGGACUCGACCAAGGUCGGUUGUGCCACUGUGAAGUGUGCCGCGGGCACCGUCCUGAGCCUCCAGUCCUGGUACACUGUUUGCAACUACAAGGGCCCUGGCAACUUCGGUGGCCGGUAUGGCACUAAUGUCGGCAAGCCCCUUGGCAUGGCCGCCAUUUAA